GGAGGAGCUGAAAAUGCAGAUUUAGCAUCAAGCACAGACACACACUCGCUCUUUCUCUUAGAUACACACAACUCCCCACAUUGCACCCCUUGCAACGAGCCCGGCCGCCUGCCUGACUACACUGUUUCCCUACCAGCUAGAUGCUAGAACACACACUGAUUUGCUGUUUUCCAAGCUCCUAAUAUAUCUCUUCCCCGACACAAAGAUUUUUUUUUUCAACAGACAAAAACUCUAUUUUUAUUUGCAUCUUCCCUCCUGAUUCCCUACUUUUCUAGCCUGCGCGCCUGCUAGCACCACUUUUCACUCCCAAAGAAAAAUGAAAGGUGGCUGUGUCUCCCAGUGGAAGGCGGCUGCUGCCGGGUUGCUCUUGUAUGUCAUGGUUUUUGCAUCUGCCGAAAGACCCAUCUUUACAAAUCAUUUUGUUGUGGAGUUACAUCUAGGGGGAGAGGAAGAAGCUCGCCAAGUUGCAGCAGAACACGGUUUUGGAGUCCGAAAGCUCCCCUUCACUGAAGACCUAUACCACUUUUAUCACAAUGGCAUUGCAAAGGCCAAGAGAAGACGCAGCUUAUACCACAAACAACAGCUGGAGAGAGACCCCAGGGUAAAGAUGGCAUUGCAACAGGAAGGAUUCAACCGGAAAAAGCGAGGAUAUAGAGACAUCAAUGAAAUUGACAUUAACAUGAAUGAUCCUCUUUAUACAAAGCAAUGGUAUCUGAUCAAUACUGGGCAAGCUGAUGGCACUCCUGGCCUGGAUUUGAAUGUAGCAGAAGCAUGGGAGCUGGGAUACACAGGGAAAGGUGUUACUAUAGGAAUUAUGGAUGACGGGAUUGACUAUCUUCACCCAGACCUGGCUUCAAACUAUAAUGCCGAAGCAAGUUAUGACUUCAGCAGCAAUGACCCCUAUCCUUAUCCUCGGUACACAGACGACUGGUUCAACAGCCACGGAACAAGAUGUGCCGGGGAAGUCUCUGCCGCAGCCAACAAUAACAUCUGUGGGGUCGGCGUGGCAUACAACUCCAAGGUUGCAGGUAUUCGGAUGCUGGACCAGCCAUUUAUGACUGACAUCAUUGAGGCUUCCUCCAUCAGCCACAUGCCACAGCAGAUCGACAUCUACAGUGCCAGCUGGGGCCCUACAGACAAUGGCAAAACGGUGGAUGGGCCCCGGGAGCUCACGCUUCAGGCCAUGGCAGACGGCGUAAACAAGGGCCGAGGGGGAAAAGGCAGCAUCUACGUGUGGGCCUCUGGGGAUGGCGGCAGCUAUGAUGACUGCAACUGUGAUGGCUAUGCCUCCAGCAUGUGGACCAUCUCCAUCAACUCAGCCAUCAACGAUGGCAGGACAGCCUUGUAUGAUGAGAGCUGCUCCUCCACCUUGGCCUCUACGUUCAGCAAUGGGAGAAAGAGGAACCCCGAGGCCGGCGUAGCAACCACGGAUUUGUACGGCAACUGCACUCUGCGGCAUUCUGGGACCUCUGCAGCUGCUCCUGAGGCAGCUGGCGUGUUUGCACUGGCCUUGGAGGCUAACCUAGAUCUGACCUGGCGAGACAUGCAGCAUCUGGCGGUGCUCACCUCCAAACGGAAUCAGCUUCAUGAUGAUGUCCAUCAGUGGCGACGCAACGGGGUUGGCCUGGAGUUUAAUCACCUCUUUGGCUAUGGAGUCCUUGAUGCUGGAGCAAUGGUGAAAAUGGCUAAAGACUGGAAAACCGUGCCUGAGAGAUUCCACUGUGUGGGAGGUUCUGUACAGGACCCUAAGAAAGUACCAUCUACCGGCAAGCUGGUGCUGACCCUCAUAACAGAUGCAUGUGAAGGAAAGGAGAACUUUGUCCGCUACCUCGAGCAUGUCCAGGCUGUCAUCACAGUCAAUGCUAGCAGGAGAGGAGACCUGAAUAUCAACAUGACCUCUCCCAUGGGCACCAAGUCCAUUUUGCUGAGCCGGCGGCCAAGGGAUGAUGACUCCAAAGUGGGUUUUGACAAGUGGCCUUUCAUGACCACCCACACAUGGGGAGAGGAUGCCCGAGGAACCUGGACCCUAGAGCUGGGUUUUGUGGGCAGUGCACCCCAGAAAGGGGUGCUGAAGGAGUGGACACUGAUGCUGCAUGGCACUCAGAGUGCCCCCUACAUUGACCAAGUAGUGAGGGAUUACCAGUCCAAGCUGGCCAUGUCCAAGAAGGAGGAGCUGGAGGAAGAGCUAGAUGAAGCUGUGGAGAGAAGCCUGAAGAGCAUCCUGGGUCAGAACUAGCUCCGCCCAUCGGCUUCACUGCCUCCCUCCCUCCGUCCCUCCCCUGCCUCUGCCUCUGCCUCUGCCUCUGCCUCUGCCUCUCUGUUUUCAAUCCACACCUGUCAGGCACCUAGCAAUUACUGUCACCCCUACACAAGUGAUUCCAACUUCCCAAUCUCAAGCUUCACUCACUGUCAAUGAUUAUUUUCAUUCCAAUGGAAGCAAUCUUUUUUAUUCUAUGCUCCAAAUACAGUGUUCUCACCAACACCUAUGUCCUCUUUGUCACUCUAAAUUCUUUGUGUGUGUCAUUCAAAUGGGUGAUACCCAGAAAAUAAAACUGGGAUGGCUUUCCACUCCAUUUUAUUUCAGAUCUGCCAAGAGAAGAGAAUGAAAUGGCCACACACAGUGACUCCAAGAACGUAUGUCAUGGUCUCAGUGGAGGACAUGUAAAGAGAUAAAGAUCCUGACAGAGGGUGGGCUCUAAAUCCAUUAGAGCUCAGGAGAUACUGCACCCCCCCCCCUUGGGAAAUGACUUCUUGAACUUAGUGAGAUUCUACAAUAACAUAGAUUCAGGAGCAGGAUUCACAAGACUCCACCCUAAUUACUGAGUGGAGAAAAGAGUUAAAAAGCAUGAACCCUGGAGAUCUAACCAUCAACAUCACACCUCUUUUCUCAACCAGCAUAAUAAAAGGAAAGUUCAAGCCAAGUGGCUGUCUUUUUACCAGCCGCUGCUCUCUGAGUUAAGGUAAAUGUGCUUGAAAUGCCCAAAUUAGUCUGUUUGCAUUGCAUUCAUGCCAGCCCCAUUUUUCUGGGGCUACUCACAUAACUAUCCAAAAGAGAAAAAUAAAAGGUAAAGUAUGUCUGUCAACUCAGUCAUCUGGGGUCAUCCUAAUCUGAUAUGAGAAAUGGGAUAUUUUUGACGACUUUCCACAUAUAUACUUGGUUUGAGUUCAGACCAUGUAAUUGAAGAGAUACAUCUUACUCCUUCGUGUUAUGAUUUCUUUGCUGUGUCAGGAAAAUGGACACCGUUAUGAAAAUCUGAGAUAUAAGAAUGACAAAGAAGGUGUGUUUAAAAGUAUGAGCAGCCAUCUUGGCAUGAACUUCCAUUUACCUGGAGUCCCUUCUGCCAAAAGGAGGCAAAGGCCAAUUCAAUCCCCCUGUUACCCUGAGACCUGAGAAAGCAAGAGGAGAUGGUUGUAGGGAAACUCAGUUACCACCCUGGUAGGUAAGUCAUUCGUGAGGAUGAUUAGCAUACAACCCAAAGGCAGUGAAUUCCUUUACCCCUGCUGAUCCCAAGGCACUGCACCAUUUCAUUAUCAAAUUAAAGUAUUUUCUGCCCUGCUGUCAAUGUGUCUCCCUAACCAGCUACUGAUUUUUUCAUUCCUGGUCUCAGAAGCCUACACAUUUCCAAGAAAGGUUUGUUUGAUUGAUUCCCCAGAACUGAGCAAGCUCUUCUGGCUAUAUUUCUCUCUUUCCAUGGGAGUGUGGCAAAGACUGAAAUUCCCGUUUAUAAAACCAACAGCACAACAGCACUAGGUUCUGCUUCUUGAAAGUAGCAACCUUAAGACAGAAGCUGGGAAAUCCAUCUCCUUUCUCUUUUUCCUCCACAUUGGCAUGAAUUUCUGUCUUCCCUUACAUGACUGACUUUCCCUCUAUAAUGCUUUAAAAUGUAAUAAUGUUUAUGAUUUUUAAAAGAACUUUAAUAUUUAUUGUGAAGGUCUUUUUAAACUAGCUUAGAUUUAAAGAAGAAAUAACUGGAAAUCAUCAAAAAUUCAUUUCACAUUAGCAGUCUGAAAAUAAACCAAAGGACAAUAUGUGUGCAUGUAUGUAUAAAUGCACACAGAAAUAUAUAUACAUAUGUAGACUAUAUACAUUAUGUGUAUAUAUAUACACUUGUAUAAAUGUAUAUAUACACAUAUACCUAAAAUGUGUGUAUGUGUAUUUACUGAAGAGACAGAUACCAUAUUCAUCUCAAAAAGAAUAUUCAGAAAAAUAUCAAGAUGAUUCUGGCUGAAGAAAAAAGUCAGUGAAAAUUCAGGUGAAAAUGUUCAAUUUCCAUUAUAUCACCUCUGUAAUUUUACUGUUCUCUGUGUAAACAUUAAGUGUCUUAUAUAGCAGCAAAAUAUAAAAUAGUUGUCCAUAUUUUCACAUUUGUGGCAUAAUUUAUGAAAUGAGAGAGUAACUUAUCAGCUUCUUAAUAGAAAUGGCAAGUUUUGAUAUGAGUAUACAGUAUAUAAAAAUAUAUAGUACUAUAUAAAAACAUUUGGUCUCAAUUUCAUUUUUUGCACCAGUAUUAAUAUUAACAUGUGUCUAGUCAAUGAUGUUUUUAUGACAUACCUGGUCCUAAUGCAAGAUAUAUUUAUAGUCAUUUAUUGAUACUAAAAAAAAAAAAUGGGGCCAGGUAGUGGCACACUUGAUUGAGCACACAUGUUCCAAUACGCAAGGACCCAGGUUCAAGGCCCAGUCCCUCCCUGCAGGGGGAAAGCUUUAUGAGUGGUGAAGCAGGUCUGCAGGUGUCUGUCUCUCACACUUUGUCUCCCCUUUCCCUCUCGAUGUCUGACUGUCUCUAUUAAAUAAAUAAAGAUAAUAAAAAGAUUUUUUAAACAACUGAGUAAUGAUUAAUAAAGUUAAGAUUGUUAUUCCCUGUGAGAAAAAUUUGUAAGAAAGCUCAAAUAUAUAUGCUGUAAAUUAGGAAACUCAACAAUAAAACAUUACCUUUCAGAAAUUA